AUGCCUUUCCACGACAAAUAUUUACCGUGUGUGAGGGCGAAUCACUACUGCUCAAGGUGUGAUCGAACAUUCUCUGACAAGGACAGUUUAAUACAACAUUUACAACACAAUUCCAAACACUCUGUUCGUGAUGUACCCGAAAGUUGCAAGCACUGUGGGAGAUCCUUCUCAUGCACGAGAGCGUUAAUCCAACACCUUAAGAAUAACCGACAUCAUCUGAAGGAUCUGCAUCACGCCGCCUGUACAGGUAGAUUCCAGCUCGUCGAUACCCUUAUGAGAUGUGAGAAUGCUGAUGAACCAGGCGAUUCCCAUCUUCGUUCUUCGAAAUCAGUGUCAAAAUCCCAGAUGGGAUUCACGCCGAUGCACUGUGCCGCCUUCGGUGGUCACUACGAAUGCCUGAAGAUUAUGCUCAGUUGGUCAGAUGGGAAGCCAAAUGUUGCUGAUCCUAAGGAUGGUAGAACCCCUGUCCAUCUUGCUGCUUGGAGGGGACAUGCCAAUUGCCUCAAGUUGCUACUCAUGAAUGGAGGCGACUUGCAUCGACCUGACCAACAUGGAGAUACUCCGUUUUCUUUGGCAUCCGAUUACAACUGUUUAUCGAUAAUUUUAUUCCAUCUAGCCGGUAAGUGAAAGUACGUUUGUAAGCGGGUAUUGUUUGUUUGUUUGAUUUUCAUUUACUUCUUUCGACAAUCUAUUAUUUAAACUCAUUAUGUUUGUAAAUUCAGUUCAGCUUAGACUGACCCUUAGGGACCGAUCGUCUUAGACGGGGUCGGGGGUUUUCAGAAACGUGUGGUGUAUCAAAACCUUACCCCCCCCCACACAAAAAAUAAUAACAUAUGAAAAUUGUACCCCCCCCCCAUUUGGCAAUAACACUUUUUAAAAUGCACCCCCCACCCUGCAACCCCUUCUAGACCAAGUCUCUUCUUUCAUCCUUGGGCAUUGAUUUCAUAAGCUGUAAGAUUAACGGGUAGUGACAGCAGUGUAGCGUGAGACUUUCCCGAAGACGGAAUUUUCUUCAGAGUAGGGGUCAUUUACAGAAACCUUGCUUUGUUACUUGUUCACAUUUUGUUAUUACCAUUUAUUGUUUUGUUGCAAAAUAAACAUACUACACUUGCUAAAAAUGGUGAAAAUUUAAUAAGCUCCCAGCCUCGAGUAAGCACCCACCGGAUCGAUUUCACUCCUAUUGAUCAGUGAAAGGAUAAAGGAAAUCCUAACACAAAAAAAGCAAUAUAAUGCAAAAUAUUUAUCCUGAUUUAAUGACAAAUAUGCUUUCAGGAAAUUAAAAAGAUCUAUAUAUUUUUCCAGAUUUCAGCUGUAUGCAUAGGCAAAUGUGCAUACAUGCACACUAAGUCCCUGGUAGGAGAAAUAGCUGAUAGGUUCCUGGGCCAAGCUUUAUACGGGUAACAUUUUGUUGCUGACAAAGAACUGCCAAAGCAUAUUUUUUUGUCUACUUUUGAAGGAAACAUGGAUUUGCUUCAAUCAUAAUAUAGUCUGACAACAUUUACAUACUUUGACCCCCCUCACAUUUUGUGCAUUUUCAAAGUUGACCCCCCAAAAUCAAGCCUCUUAGGAAAUUGUACCCCCCCCCCCCAUAAAUGAUUGGUCCCUUACCAAAACCACAUAUACUUAUGUAACAUAUGUUUCAUCGCUGCACAUACAUGCCACUUAUAUGGACAUGCAUGUGACACAUGUAAAUCUGAAAGCUUGAAUGAGAACAUUGUAUGUAACACAUAAACAACCUUUUUCGUAACUUUUUAUAUAAGAUAUAAAUGUAAUUCUGGAGGCAGAUUUGGAGAUCUGUAGAGAUCUAAAAUCUGGAGACUCUCUAUUUUGCAUUACCCCCACAUAUCAACAACCUGACCCGACUUCCCCUUCCCCCCCCCCCCCCCCCCCCUCACAACAUAAACACAAAUCGAUUCUUUCCCCAAAUUCUAACAUGGAAAUGGGAAUGGCUUUGGACAUUAUAUGAAGUCUUCUGUAAAUUACACACCAUCAAAAAUUAGCUUUUCUGAUUGUAGUGACGAAAUAAUCUUGCUUGUCUGUAAUAAAAUACAUGUAAAAAUGAGCCUGAAACCCCACUAUGAAUUUCCACCUUUCUGUGGAAAUAGUGUAAUAAGUCAUUAUUAUUUUUAUUAUUAUUAUUAUUAUCCAGGCACGAAUCCAGGAUAAAUACUGACUGAUUUCCUAAACAAAUGCCAAAGGCACAAGCUUCUAGGGGGAGCUCAAGGGCAGGCUCCCCCAGAAAAUUUUUCAAAUUUUAACUCCUAAAGGUCCCCUUUCCUGGGUUCCUAAGUCAUUCAGACAGGAUAUUGGCAAGAUUUCAACUUGGGAAGUUUUUUAUAUUAAAAAUGUAUUUAUUUAUGUAAAAUCUGACAGAUUUUUGUGAAUCAGUGGAAACCAGUGUGGAUCUGCACCUCAAAAGUGAUUGUUAUAUGGGAGAUUUGGUGGCCCCGUGCGGGAGACCCAGGGCCCGCGCAGAAGGGGAGGGGCUGGGGGGCCAGGGCUCAACCCACUUUUUGAAAAGUAAAUAAAUAAAAUUAAGUUACAUACAUUUUCAUAUAAAAAGUCUCUAUGUUGGAAUAAUAAUAUUCAGCUAGCAGACCUUGCAAAAGCAUCUAAAUUUAUUAUUAGUCCAUUUCAAUUCUAUAUCAUUCUGAUGUGUAGUACGCCUCAAAAUGUUUAUGCUUACAAAACUGCACUUAGGGAGCAUUCAUAAUUUACCCAGAGGGUGGGCUAUGAUGAUUUUGAGGGGGGGGGGGGUCACUCUUUUUCCCUACUAUGAUUUAGGGGGGCUGUGGAAAAUUUCAAAUGAAAAUUACAUCAAGCAUAGGGGGGGCAACCAUUUUUUGGAUUUGCUAGUUUCUAAUUAUAAAAAGACUCAAGAUAGUUUGAUGCUCUCCAAGAGUUGAAAGAUGACUUGCUAGAUUAUACAGCAUGGCCAGUUGUUAUGCAGUGGUUUAAUGAAGAUCAUUAGCAUCCUCUAAACAGAUAUUCAUUUAAAAACACUGCACUAACAACUGGCCAUGAUCUAUCAGAUCAUUAGCUUCUCAAUCUGCUUGCAUCAAAUUUAUAUGGAAUGCAUGUUCAGUGCAACUAAAAGACUACUUUCUCUCCAGUACCAAUUCAGAUAGUUAAAUUUAUUAUAAGCCAAUCAUUUAAUCAGCUUUUCUCAAGAAUGUCCAAAAUAGAACAAUUUUGAAUUAAAAAUGCAUAGAGAUUUAAUUGUACUAAACAUGAUAUUUUCAUAAAUUGUCAUCUUGAAAUAUCACCAUUUCAUUAGUGCAAGUUGUUACUGAUGAUUUACUAUGUUAAUUACUAAUAAAGCUCAAUAUACCUGUCACAAGGCUUUGAUAUGGCUAAGGGUGAGUUUGACAUGUUGUACUUAUGUGCUGGGGGAGGGGGGGGGCUAUGAUAUUUUCCUUUGAUAAAUCAACAUCUCUUGAGGGGGGGUCAGAAAAAAAUCCCUGAGAUUAUCAGGGGGGCUUCAAAAAAAUGAAAGGAAAAAAUAAGGAAAUCAUCAUAGCCCACCCUCUAGAUAAAUUAUGAAUGCUCCCUUAGUCACAAAACGUCACUUAGUCAUAGACCUCUGCGUUUUCAAACUGCAGCCAGGCUAUGUAGCAUGCAACGAUGCGGUAUGGAGUCUUUUUUGAUGAAGGUUCACGGUUAACUUUGAAGACUACUCCACGGAACUACAGUUUCUUUAAACUAAUUAUAUGUGAUAUUGCAUGCUUCAAUGACAUUCUAGACAAAAUGAAGGAGUUCCGGAAACGUCAGAAGACCAUAAUCUGCAAACUUCUGCUGGUGAAUCCUGCAUGUGCAAUCAGGGGCAGUAGAGAAAGGUUCUUUUAUCAGUGGCUACAUUAGGUUAAAAACAUGGCUACAUUCACCCUGACUCAAGAGAGGUUCAGUAAUCUGACAGGUCUAAUAAACAGCCACAAAGAGAGCAGCCAUGCCAACAUAGGAAAUAAAUUUGCUGUUCGUAUCUAUAAUUAGAUAAGAAAUUUUGGUAUUUUGAGUCCACCCCUCCCCCCCCCCGCCCCCCCCAAACUUCAAAAGAGGUGGUCACCAGCCCCUGUACUUUAACAACUGCUCCACGGGCCCUGAGACCGGGAGAUUGGUACUGUAUCUGGGAGUCUCCCAAUAAUCCUGGGGAGUUGGCAUGUAUGUGAAGUAUUAUGCACCAUCUCACUGAUCUUAAGUGGAAAUUGCUGCCAUUUGUAGGUCUGCAAACGCUGCGUCAGGCAAGAGCUGGUUUCCAUUCAGCAGGGAAAUAUAACUUCAAAGCAGUGGAAAAUGUAUGGAACAGACUGUAUGGUGAAAACAGUUUUGAGAAACAGUUCAAUAUACGUCACGUGGAGGAGGUCAGUGAAGAGUGUGAAACCAGACAUGUUGUAAGUCAAGUGCAGCAAAUUCAAUUAGAGAGUGAUAUUCAAGGUAAGUUUUAAUCCCCAUUAAAGACAAAUGGAAAAUAUUGGGUACUUAAUUAAAAUUAUUAGGUUUCUAACUGCAGCUGCAUACCUUUUCUGUAACCUACCGUAUAAAAUUAAGGAGAAGUCAAACAAAUAGUCCUUUUUUCCUCGAACUAACUCGGUUUUCAAGACUCCUGCUAGGAUUUUCAUGUGAGGGGUGCAAGUCUCACAAGCCCUGCGAGUGUGUCUCGCACUUUUUUUAACCUUUGCUUCAGGAGUUUUGUUUGACCACUCCCGCCUUCUUGGCCUUCACAAAAAUACGGGCUGUUUCGCAGUCCACAAAGUAGGGGUAGGGGGUUACUGUCAAAGAGUGUGGUCUGGGAAUCCCAUCCUUUCUCGAACCAAAGGAACCCACAAAUUUGCUACCCCAUUCCAGACUUAACAGUUAAGAUAUUGUAUAUUUGUUGUGUAAAGGACUUGAUUUGGGUAAGCAGAAAGAUGUAAAACAUUAUUGGACACAGGAAAGAUACACUUUACGGGUCAAAACUGGAAGGCCAUCACAGACCUGGAAGGUUAAAAGUGGGAUCUAACGUGAAAAGGGCACAUAGCUCUAUAUGGUAUAUAAGGUAGCAACCCCUUGGUCUUAAUAUUUCAAGAAAUCUUAGUAUUACAUAUUUUAGUCAGUAACAUUGCAUUGAUAUUAAUUGUCGUUAUAUUUUAGCAUUUCUCAGUAAAUUAACAACAUAUUGUAUUGAUCGUGGAUUUAAGAAAGUUAUACAUUCACUCUCGGAGCUAAAUAAUGUUGCCAACCCAUGCAUUUAACAUAACAUGUAAAAUAUUCUGCUCUUACCUAUUCUGAUUUUGUAUUUCCACAGACCCUUAUGGUGAACCAUAUGAGGUCCUUGCGAGGGGAGAAGAGGCAGUAAAAAUCUUCAAUCGAGCCCUUCGUGAAGGCAAGGCGAAGGUGACUCGACUGCAGCUCACAGUCAUUGGAGAUAUUGGAGCGGGAAAGACAAGCCUGGUUCGAAAUCUUAGUGGAGAGGAUUUUGUGAAAGAAAGAGUCGAGACCCAUGGAAUCGAUACGUCCAUGGUUGAAGUGACAGAACUUGAUGAUUCUUGGCAUGUAACUGAUCUGAACAACUCCUAUGUAGAUGACAUUUUAACAGAUAAAGUUUGUGAAGGAAUAAAACAUUCCAGUGAGGCGAAGGGACGUUCAGGUGUGUAUCAGUUGAGUUGUUCCGAUCCAGGACCUUCGCCGCUAAGUCAAAAAAGGCACCGUCCACCUUUCACAAGGCGACUCCUGAGCAUCGAGUGUGCUCCUGAACACCAAGAGGGUGAUUCUGGCUCUGAUGAUGCAAGUGACCAAACAAGCAUGGUCCCUUUCACGAGAUCUAGAAGUGAACAGACGCCUCCGAGAGAAAUACCGGUAGACCUUAUUACACGGAAACUGAGUGAAGCUUCACUAACAGACAAAGAACGAAAAUACAUCAAAUUCAGCAUUUGGGAUUUUGCAGGCCAUCCCUUGUACCAAGCCAUGCACCACGUGUUUUUGAACAGACGCUCCUUCUACCUUGUUGUAACGAAUCUCGCUCAACUGUGCAACCCCGAGACUAAAGACCAUGCUUUAAAAGAAAUUCAUUUCUGGCUCAACUCUGUCCGUGUCCAUACUCCUCAGACCACACCAGUUUUCCUGGUGGGAACGCAUCGCAAUGCUGUCAGCGAGCAAGACAUAUCUAACGCAGAGAAACUUCUGUAUGAUGAAUUUGCUGCAACCUUUGCCCAACAAUUGGUCAAAAACCAAGAGCAGAAUUUUUUAUUCUCAGUAGAAAACACUCUUGGUAGUGCAGACGAGGGAGCUUUGCUAUUAAAGAAUACAAUCGAAGAAGAAGCCUCCCGCCUUAAGCUGAUGGAAGAGAAAUUGCCUGUCUUGUGGCUUCACUUUGAAGAAGAAAUUCUCAAGUGCAGGGAGAAGUCAGAUUGCCCAGCCUGUGUAACUAAGGCUCUCCUCAAAAAUAUGCUAGUAGAAAGCAACUUUGAUGUCUCGGAUGAAACGUUUGAAAAUAUGCUGCGAUUUUAUCACGACAGUGGCGUGAUUAUCCUGCCAGGUACGGGGUGACUGAAAAACUAUCUUUGGUUAGAAUGUCUGUGCAGUUUAGUGAUAACGAAAACAAAUAAGCAUGAUAAUCAGCUUGAAUAACUGACACGUUCUGAAGUAAGUUUUACCACUACAGCCCUUCGCUCAUCGUUGGUUUCUAAGGUGUCUAAGGUAGUAAACUAAUGGAAGUGUUAACGAGACCUCCCCCUAAAUUCAGUGCUAGUCAAUUGCUGUUUUUCAUACCAUACGUUAACACAUCUUAAUAUAUUUCCUAAUUACCCUGGGGCAAUUUGUUUUUUCAGGAGAGUUAAUUGGACCUGAGACGCAGAACACCGAGAUAAGCAAUCGGGUAGUGAUAAACCCCCAGUACCUGGUUGAUGUGAUGACCUGUCUUCAUGAUAUAGCAAAUCAUUUGGGUGUUGAUCGAGAACAUCACCCUCAGUGGCAAAAGCUGCAAAACCAGGGCAUAACAGACAUGAAGUUUUUGCAACAUGUCUGGAAAAAUUUCGAAAGCCCGGCCUCCGACCUGGUAGCCAUUUUGGAGGUCUGUGGUAUGCUGUGCGCCGUUUCAGCUUCAGUACGAGUAGAAGAUCCUGAAGACCACAGUGAGCACGGUGAGGGCGGGGACAUGGAGACUGGGACAAGAGAGUUCAUCGUCCCCUUCCACCUCGAAGGAAAAUCUCUGAAAGGAAAGUGGGAGAGGCUUUGUCGCAAAACCUGGCAGGCCAUUUGCAAUACGGAUAAAGUUCUGAUGUUUGAUUUUCUUGGCUUCCUUCCCCCUGCCCUAUUCCAGUACUUCAUCGUUCGCACAGCUGCAAAGAGUAAGAGCAGCAGUGGCAUGAGGCCUAUCAUAGCUAAAGAGAUGGCUAUCUUCUCUUUUGGUGACAGCUUCUUCUUCCUUGCGGAGACCUGCCCAAAGUUCAACCAGAUUAAAAUCAGUGCAAGGCAUGUUGAGUUACUUUACAGCUGAAGUUUAGUGUACCCUGUCAAUCAGUGUAUUUCAUUUCCUGUUUAAUGCCUUUGCGUAAAAGAAAAAUGGAAAUAUGGUCUUGAUUUUUCAAUGCUUUAAUGGCUGUAAGAGAAUUUUUUUGUUAAUGGAACGAUAAGUAUGCCUCUUUCUCUACGUACUGAUAGCUUGUAAUUUCAUAGCAUCUCUCUUGGUCGCUUUUUUGCCUUAAUUGCUGACUCUUCCACCAAGCUUUUACACUCUUUACUGCUGCCAUUACAUUUCUGGCCAUUACCACGUUUUCGCUGCACAAUGAAUAGAAUGAAAUGAAAAGAAGAGAAAUAACGACUGAUUUCUUAUCCACUCGUUAGGUACAAGAAUGGAAAGAAGUUGCAUGAAUUUUUCAACACGCUAAUGACAAUAAUGUCAGAAAUUUGUCAGCACCAGUUUAGGUUCCUUAAGUUUGGUUUUGGCCCACUCUGCCCUAACAAACGUUGCCCAGGUACCUCUUGCGAUGGCAAGGUUGUCAAAACAGACUCGUCCUCUGAUGAGAGCGAUGGUGAAUUGGAUGGCAACUCCACGUGCGAUGAGGCAGAUGACAGUCCAUCCUCAGGGGAAAUUCGUCCUCACGUAAUCUGCAUUGACCCUGCAGUGUCGUCUCGCCCUUUGUGGUGCAACAGCACACCAGUCCACGAGUUUGAAGAAAUCAAGGAAUGGCUUGUGAAGGUGAUGGCAUACUGAAUAUAUAGCAAUUGCUAAUGACGCUUUCUUUAACAUAGUCAAAGAUGCACCCAGGAGGGUUGUAAGCUUGGUAUGACCACUUGCUAGACAUAAGCCCUAAUUAAAUAGACGAGUUUACCGACUGAUGUAUGACCUGUCGGGUUUGAAUGACAAGAAUUGUCUCUCAAGAAAUCCUGUCUCAUUCAUCAUUAUCGUUUGAUGAAUUUUUCAAAAAAGGAGAAAAUAACUAGCUGGACUGCAGUAUCUUUACAAAGAUAGUUUUGUGACGUGUCUAUAGACUGUCUAGAGGUAAGACGUCUACCUGUAGUCAAGCUUUUUCGUUAGCUUUGAUGAACUACAUUUGCGUACCAACGAUUUGGUAACCGCUGACAUUAUUUGCAGCCAGUUCAUCUAUUAACAUAAACCUUUGAACUCUAACCUAAACAGCCUAAACUCGUUUGCUUUUUAUCCUUCCAGCCCCAAGAUACCGAAUGCAAAGUCUCCGAAGAUUCUCCUUGUUAUUCAAGUGAGUAAAAUGCCAAUUAGACUAUUCGUCCUAGACGUGAUUGCUUUAAUUACCAUUGUAUAUUACAGCGGCCGUGUUCAUUUGAUACAGCGCUAGUUUUCACAGCGGGAUGAGGCGGCUUCGUUUCCCGAGACCCAACCAAUACUCAGGGUCAUGAAAUGACUCAGGGGCGUAGCUACCUGUACGCACGGUGCGCACGGAGGAACCUGAAGAAGUCCAGGGGAAAAAAUAAAAUAAAAAAGCGAAAGGUGAAAAAAAAAAACUAAAUGAAUUUAAUAGUAGGAAGAAAACACACACAAACAAAAAAAAUACCUCCGCCUGUCUUUGCAGUAUACUGAAGAAAGGCAACGGAGGGUGCCAGUCCGUCGGUCAAACCAUUAUGGCAAACUGCGGUAAAAAAAAAAUACUCAUUACCCAGCGAGCAGAUUUUUCUCUCUUGCAUGGCUUUUAGCGUUUACGAAAUCGUUCGCCUCGCUUGUCAGUCGCGUAGUUGGUUUGUUUUAUACGCCCAGGGGCCAAUAGCCAAAAUCGAGUUUUCAAACAGCUACACUUCCAGCUUUGUUUCAACAGCCAUACAUUACCCUAAGAGAAUUGGCGGGGGUGGGGGGAGUGAUAUAACUUAACUUCGUUUAGGAAAACAGCAAUUCAGCAUUGUUAGGAAGUGUUUCUAUAGAGUUUAUUGAAAAGGGAGGGCUCUAAAUUUUGAGGAGAUGCAAACGAGGAAUCUAAGAAGGAGGAUGGGAGCUCUUCUGAAAUUUUUGCAGCUAGUAUAUCCCACCUUGAUAAACUGUUGAAUUAAAAAAGAACAGUUUAUUUUUUAUUAAAACAGAACAAGUUGACCAAUGCUGUCAGGCUUUAGUUGCCAAGCUAAUGGGUAGCAAAUGGAAGUGGCUUGGCAGGUCUCUUGGUGUCGAAGAGACAGUCAUUGAGAACAUUAGGACGGAGAACGACUCACAGGAAGAGUGUGCCUUUCAAAUCCUUCGAAGUUGGCAGGUCUCAAAGGGAUCCAAAGCUACUGUUCAUCUGCUGAUGAAGGCAAUUGAGGAAAAUGGUAACGUGAACGCCAUGGAAGCCUUUGAUCGACACUUGGGUGAGGUUCAUGGAAAAGAAACAGCUCAAGAAAGUCAGUGUAAAAAAGAAACUCGCUAAGUGGCCGAUUUAAUGCGAAUUUAACCUCCGGUUGUUUUAAACUGGGUAUCAGCAUCCUCUUUCCUAGCCAGAGCGGUUGCCGAAGACAGAAAAUGUUGGUCAGAUAGCGUGGAGGCCUAAUGCGCCUACUGGCGGAAUGAGACAUGAUGAUGAUGAUGAUGAUGAUGAUGAUGAUGAUGACCCUCUUUCCUAACGUUAUAAAAACAGACAGUUGGUUUCUGUGGAGAGAUUCUUCAAUUAUGAAAUAUAAUGGAGGCUGAGGGUAUAUAUCUCUAUAUCAGGUGAAGAUUUCCGCAGAUCGCGAAGGAUUUCAAUUCACCCUUGGUGGAUAACAGCCUCCGAGAUCUACAUAACUAUUCAUAUCGUACGAAAGCCAAAUUCAAUAAUUGUUUUAUCAUUAAUUCAAAACAUUUCUGAGUUCUUAACUUCCUCAAAAGGAGGAUAUUACCAUCUUCCCGUCGUGCAUUGUGGUCAAACUAUAUUAUCACGGCCGAAUCCCAGCGCGUGACUCAUUUCAAAGUGUCGCCGCGGUGGAAACACAAGGGCACAAGAGAGAGCUAGAGAGAUACACGAAAUAAUUAAGUAUACUCCACGUAAAUUGUGUCGAUUGUUCGAUAGAAUUUCACGAGGUAGCUAUAGAUGCCCUUCUCAGGUCUGAGAUUUUGUUUGCUGUUUAAAUUCUUCAUCGAGAUUGUUUGACUGCAUGUAAGUAAAAGCUGAUAAACCCGGGUCUUGUUGCGGGGGUCGUCCGCGAUGAAACAAAUAUUCAAUAAUACUUCUCAAACGCUGGCUGGUAAUUUGUAGUAAAAUAUGCAUUGAAUAAAGAAGGUAUCAAAGAAUCUGGCUGCGAGAAACUCAGUAC